GGAGAUAAUUCCUUUUCUCGGCCUUUCCUACGAUGGCAUCUUCGUCGUCUAGCUCGAGUGGUCUGACAAAGGACGGCUUCAACGACUACAAUGCCGGACUCCAGGCCGCUGCUCUCAAGGCCACGAAGCACUCUGCGGGGCUACCUUCCGACGUCGCGUUUUACAAGUCUAUUGACAAGGACUUCGCCAAUAAUCUGGAUGCCUGCAGUGACAGGGCUCUUUCUUUAGUAAACAGGCUUCUGUCUUUGGCCUCUACGGCAGACAGCUCAAGAAGUGGCAAAGGAAAGGGUAAGGCGAGGUUAGAGGAUCAGGAUGACUUGGUGGAUAGGUUCGAGUCUACCAUAGUAGAGUCCAUGGAUCAAUUGCUAGAACGAGCGGACAUUUCUUUAGACCAAUUCUCCGGACGGACCAAAGCACCUGCUAUUGCCGUUAAACCCCCUCCACCCGUUCCCAAACGAACUGCUUUAGCGCCUGCACCCGUUGUUCAACACGCCGCACACCUACCAAAGCCUCAGCUCAAGUUCAAACGGAAACCCGUGAACACGAACGGAGCAGUAUGGUAUCCUCAGUUGCGCCACAAAUACAAUGCUCAGGUGCCACUUGGGUUUAACUUCAAUCCCAAUGAUCCUGAAUCUGAAAAGGCGAUACCGCCACAUCCAUACCGUCAUGAGAUCACUAAUAUCACCUACCCUUCUCGCAUGUUCGAAACGCAGUCCCCAAUCACCCCAAAAUCUUUUGCCGAGACGCCCUUCACUUGGGUCUCCACCUCUAUCGACUUCGCCACCAUGCUCGACAAGCUCCGUAACGCACAAGAGAUCGCUGUUGACCUUGAGUACCACAGCUAUCGGACAUUUGGCGGAUUUGUGUGUUUGAUGCAGAUUAGCAGUAGGGAGGAGGAUUGGAUCGUUGAUCCGUUUGAGUUGAGGGACGAGAUGGAGGAUUUGAAUGAGGUGUUUACGGAUCCGAAGAUUGUAAAGAUCUUUCAUGGUGCAGAGAGUGAUGUCGCAUGGUUACAACAAGACUUCAACCUCUACAUCGUCAACCUCUUCGAUACAUUCCACGCCUCAAAAGUCCUCGACUUUCCCAGACAUGGCCUCGCCUCCCUCCUCGAGAUGUACUGCGACUUCACUGCCGAUAAGCGGUAUCAAUUAGCCGACUGGCGAGUCAGGCCUCUGCCACAGGAGAUGCUCGAAUACGCUCGGUCAGACACACAUUUCCUUCUCUACAUCUACGACAACCUCCGUAACGCCCUCCUCGACCGCUUUCUCUCUCGCUCUCAAUCCCGUGCUCAGUCCCCUCAAUCAUCAUCAACGCCACCGCCUCCUUCCACAAUCAACCCUUCCUCAACAGUGACGGCACUCAUCCCUCCCGGUCCUGACGGAUAUGUACGCGAAGUGUUGUCCCGAUCAGCCGAGACCUCGUUGAGAGUGUAUGAGAGGGAGUAUUAUGAUGUGGAAGGUGGUAGUGGACCAGGCGGAUGGGACACGAUGGCGAAGAAGUGGAAUAAGGUCGCCUUAGUGGCGGAUGGGCCUGGUGGAGUGCAGAGGGAGGUGUAUAGGGCUGUUCAUGCGUGGAGGGACAGGACCGCGAGGGAGGAAGAUGAGAGUGUGAGAUACGUUCUGGCGAACCACUUCGUGUUCCAGCUCGCUGAACGGCCCCCGAACGAUAUGGCUGCGCUUUUGCAUAUGUUCCAUUCCGUCCCACCCGUUAUACGAAGACGUGCGAAGGAGCUCUUGGACUGUAUCCGGGUCGCUCUGAAGCGUGGUCUGAGUGCCACCACCCCACAGACACCUGCUCCCAUCGAACAAACCCCCGCACCCACGCCGCUUAAUACGCCAGAUGGCAUGGUCGUCGAUUCCACUCCCUCAACCGUCGUGCCUUCUGUGACGCCUCCGUCUUCGUCACUAUGGUCAAAUCCCUCGAAUUCGGCAACACAAUCCACCUCGGCAUCUUCACUCUUUGGUUCAGGCUUGUCUAGUGCAACCACGUCCAAACCAAUCCCUACAUCUUCAGCAACGACCUCGUCCUACGUUGCGCCACGCAGCUCUCUCUUCGGCCACGGGGCUUCUUCAUCGGCAGCUUCAGAAUCGUCUCGUGCUCGUGAUGUCCAGAAUAUGCAGUCCCGCUUCCAGGACGUUGUGAAGAAGAUACACAGCACGUUGGUGGUCGCGCCGACUUUACCUCAGAUCCCUGUCAACGUAGCCACGAACAACGCGACUAACCCGACAAAAGUAGACGACGCUAUGGUCGUCGACUCCACCGUAAUGGGCAUAGAAGCCAUGCCACCAAAACCCAUCGACGGCGCCACCGAAGAAAUCCCAUUCAUCCCGGCCUCGCAACGUCUGAAAUCUACUCUCGACACCACCGAAAUUGAUAACGCGAUCGUCGUAGUCGGUCAGCGGCAGAAGAAACGUAAACGUGACAAGGUGGCCACGACGAGUACAGCGGACUCUCAGCCGGGUACACCGAGCACGAAGAGUAGCAAGAAGGCGAAGAAGGAGAAGGAAAAGGAGCAGGCUAAUGAGCAGGAUGGUGAAGAAGGUGAGGAGGGCGAGGUUGUGGAGAUGGAGCCAUUUGACUACGAGGGCGCGAAGAAUAUCUUGGAUGAUGAGCCGGAGGCGAGAGAAGAAAGCAGGAGGGAUAAGAAGAAGAAGCAGAAGAGGAACAACAAAGGGAGUGGCGUGCUGGAGUAUGGCAAUUUCCCGGCGCCACCGAGGGAUAGGAGAGAGGUUAAGAGCGGGAACCAGAGUCAUACUUUCAAGUAAUUCCAGCUUGACCCCUGUGGAUGGGAUAGGUCGUCACGAAGUUAUGAUAUUCCCGGCCCGAUUGCUGAUUGGUGGCAUUGGGGCUUUGUAUGAUUCGUUCUUAAGUCAGGAUCUAUGUCCUAGAACAUUUUUCCAGACAGCGCUAGACGGCCGGCGUAUGUUUCCUACAUGCUCCUAAAC